AUGUCUACCGAUGAGAAUGGAAACACAAUAGCCCGCGCGACGGAGCAGACGCCCCUUCUCCAGGAUCCUAACCCCGCCACCUCCGGCUCGACAGAGGAGCAGGAUUCCGCGGCCGACGGAGAGCCCAGCACCAAGGAAUUGAUUAUAGUUCUGAGUAGUAUUUGGCUUGGAGUAUUCCUUGCAGCGCUAGAUUCAACCAUUGUUGCGACACUCUCUGCCCCCAUCUCCUCCUCGUUCAACUCAUUCUCGCUAUUGUCGUGGCUUGCAACCUCUUAUCUCAUCUCGAAUGCUGCCUGCCAACCUCUCAGCGGUCGAUUGACUGACAUUUACUCGCGGCGAUGGGGAUUGGUCUUCUCGAAUGUCUUCUUCGCUCUUGGAAACCUAAUUUGUGGUCUGGCUCAGUCGGAGGUGACCAUCAUUAUUGGACGUGUGGUCGCAGGUAUUGGUGGUGGUGGUCUCACGGCUAUCUCAACAUUCGUGACUUCAGAUCUUGUGCCCCUUCGAAAGCGAGGUGUCUGGCAGGGCGUGGGGAACAUUUGCUAUGGUGCUGGAAGUGGGCUCGGUGGCGUAUUUGGCGGCUGGAUCAAUGAUACCCUUGGAUGGCGCUGGGCCUUUUUGAUCCAGGUCCCAUUUCUAGUGGUCUCCUGCGUGAUGGUUGCAGUCAAGGUGAAGAUUCCAGUUAAAGAGAGCGAUGAAGCCCGGAUCAAGCGUGUCGAUUUUCUUGGCUCUAUCACUCUGGUUUUGACCCUUGUGACAUUGCUGUUGGGUCUAAAUACUGGUGGUAACCAAGUCCCAUGGACACAUCCACUUGUUCUUACCUCUUUGCCGCUGUCUGCUGUUUUCAUGGGUCUGUUCAUUUACGUGGAGGCUCGAGUUGCCGCUGAGCCUAUUAUUCCUGUGAAACUCCUUCUAGACCGCACGGUUGCAGCUGCUUGUUUGACAAACUGGCUCACCACAAUGACGGUCUUCGGUCUGUUGUUUUAUCUCCCCAUUUAUUUCCAGGUUCAAGGACUGUCGGCUACAGCUGCUGGCGCUCGCUUGAUCCCUAACGCAGUUGGUAUCUCUAUCGGAUCUUUGGGCUGUGGGUUCAUCAUGAGAUCCAGUGGUCGGUAUAGACUACUCAAUGCCAUUAUGAUGGCUAUGCAAGUUGCAGCGGCCGCGCUCAUCUGCACCUUAGACUUGUCUACCCCUGCAUGGUUACCAUUUGUCUACUUUUUCUUCUUGGGAAUGGCGUAUGGCAGCAUGCUUACCAUUACCCUGGUUGCUCUGAUCUCUGCUGUUGAUCAUAAGUAUCAUGCAGUGGUGACAUCUGCGUCUUAUGCCUGCCGUAGCACUGGUAGUACCAUUGGUAUUACUAUUGCAGGAGCUGUCUUCCAGAAUACUCUGGUAACGGGGCUAUGGUCUCGAUUUGAGGGUCGAAAGCAUGCGGCUGAAUAUAUUUCUCGACUUCGGGACAAUCUUGCUGAAAUUUCAAACUUACCUAAGGACUGGAUUCCUGGUGCGUUGGAUGCAUAUAUGAAUUCAUUGCGGGCGGUGUUUAUCACCUUGUUGGGGUUGAGUGUACUUGGGGCUUUAGCUAGUCUUGCCAUGCGUGAACACAAGCUACACAACAAUCUGUCUCGUCGUUGA